AUGAAAUACCUUGGCGUCACCUGGGACCCGGGUCUGACAUGGAUACCACAUCUAAACGAUAUUAGAGAUAGAAUCACAAAUUUUAACCAGGGUAUCAGAAGAGUCGCCAGAGUCACUUGGGGACUCAGACCCCAAAUCUUGAAACGAAUAUAUCUCCAGGCAAGCGAGAGAAUCAUCCUUUAUGCCGCCAGUGUCUGGUACAGAAACAAUAGUAAAAUAAAUGAAAAAGUAAAUAGCCUUCAGAGGAUUCCAUUGUUAACCUUGACUAAAACCUACGCUACUACUAGUACUGAGGCUAUCCAGAUACUGGCGGGGGUGGAUCCAAUAACACUUAAGGUUAUAGAGGAUGUUUAUACCAAGAGGGUGAGAUGGGGAUGGCGAUUACGAGAUCUUAUGCAUAUACUACCUCCCGAUUUCGACAGCACUUUGAAUUUUGAUACGCCGCCCCGGGAGCACCCAACUCUUUAUCGCUCCUUGCCCUGGGGAUAUUGUGCCCCUAGUAUCCAGGGGGUGGAGAUCUAUACUGAUGGCUCUCGGAUGGAGGUGGACACACCUGGAAUUUUCCAUGCGUCACAUGCAAUGAUUAUCAAACAGGAUGGUAUUACUAUUUUUAAAUCCUCCACCAGAGUCACAGACAAUACUAAUAUCUUCAUCGCAGAGCUAAUGGCAAUAAGAUCCGCCUUUAUCUGGAUCAGUAAUAAUAAUAUCAAUAGGGCUACUAUCUUUUCAGAUUAA